GCAUGACUUUAUUCCGAAAUAGUUAUAAUAGAUGUAAUUAUUUAGGAAAAGUUAGUAUUUUGUUGAUUAGUGUAUGGUUACUAACAAUUAUUUUAUCAAUAAAUCAUAUGUUUAAAAAUAAUUCGAUAAAUUCAUCUGAUUAUAAUCCAGACUCCAAAGAAGAUAGUGAACGAUUAUUGCACAUGAUUAAUAAUUUACACAUGCUUAAAAAACAAAAUAAGGCUCUUCGGAAUAUUAUAUUAGGAAGUAAUUUUGGAGCUGCACAAGAAAGUUAUUUAAAAACGGUUCCUAAUAAAAUACAAACAAAUUCUGUUAAUCGUGAUUUAAUUAAGCGACAAGAUGAUAUUAAUAAGAAAUAUUUUGAACCAACAUUAAAAUACGAAGAAAUUCGACGAAAGAUCAGAAACGAUGUUCAGGAAAUGUGGUAUUUUAUUAAUGCAGAAUUAAAUAAAAUCAAGAAAAAUACACAAAGCCAUAAUUUGAAAAAUGAUAUUGAAACAAUGAUAGAUCAUUUUAACGAUUAUAAAAAAUCCUUAGCAAUUAAUGUAGAUAAGUUAUCUAAUAUAGAUGGAUAUGCAAAGUGGCGUGAAAAAGAAUCUUUUGAAAUAUCUGAAUUAGUUCAAAAACGCUUCAGCUAUCUACAAAAUCCUCAAAACUGUAGCAGUGCAAAAAAGUUAAUAUGCAAUAUAAAUAAAGGAUGUGGUUUCGGUUGCCAGAUACAUCAUUUGGUAUAUUGUUUUCUCGUAGCCUAUGGAACCGAAAGAACACUUAUAUUAAAAUCAAAGGGAUGGAGAUAUCAAAAAGAAGGUUGGGAAUCUGUAUUUAAACCACUUAGUGAUACGUGUCUUUCUGACAGUGGCGAAACUCAUGCAAAUUGGCCUGGUGAUCAAUCAAAACAAGUUAUUACAUUACCUAUCGUAGAUAAUGUAUAUCCAAAACCUAUAUUUCAACCUCCAAGUGUACCUGCUGAUUUAGCUCAAAGACUUCAGAAAAUUCAUGGAUAUCCACUCGUUUGGUGGGUGGGUCAAGUUUUGAAAUAUCUAAUGAGGCCAAAUGAAAGUACGAAAAUAUUGUUAGAAAAUAAAAAACAAAAGAUAAAAUUUAAUAAUCCUAUUGUUGGUAUACAUAUACGUAGAACAGAUAAAGUAGGUACUGAAGCUGCUUUUCAUGAUAUAGAUGAAUAUAUGCUUAAAGUUCAGCAAUAUUUUGAUAGUUUAGAAACAAAGCCCGAAAUAAAACGAAUUUUUUUAGCGAGUGAUGAUCCGAAAGUGAUCAUUACUGCCAAAAAACGGUAUCUAGAGUAUGAAAUUAUAGCAGAUACAGAUAUAGCGCAAACAGCUUCGGUAUCUCGUCGUUAUUCUAAUUUAUCCCUACAAGGAAUAAUAAUAGAUAUUCAUUUUCUUUCCUUGUGUGAUUAUUUAGUAUGUACGUUUAGUUCUCAAGUAUGUCGCGUUGCUUAUGAAUUAAUGCAAACCCAAUAUCUAGAUGCCUCUAAUAGAUUUGCUUCGUUAGAUGAUAUAUAUUAUUAUGGAGGUCAAAAUCCACAUCCUCAAAUUGUUAUAUUAGACCAUAUACCGAAAAGGGAAGGAGAAAUAGAAUUAAGAAUUAAUGAUGAAAUAGAAGUAUAUGGAAAUCAUUGGGAUGGAUAUUCAAAAGGAAGAAACUUGAGAACUAGCAUAACAGGAUUAUUUCCUAGUUUCAAAGUUAAAAAUUGUAUAAAAUCAGUGGAUUUUCCAAAAUAUCAAGCUUUA